AUGCUGGCCGCAGGACAGGAUGAGGAGGAGGCCGGGAUGAACGACCGGAUCACGCUCGGGACGAAGGCUCAGGCGGCGGCCCGGCGGGCCGGGACGCCGUGGAUGGAGGGUGAGGAGUUGCGGCUCGCGCCGGGGCCUCACCUGUUCCUGGACUGGCGCUACGUGCUGCCGGGCGAGGUGGGGGCGAUCGGGCCGUACUGGGCCACGCCUUCCGGCACGCCCAUGAAGCUACGCCUCUGGAACGACCCGGACCGUGCCGACACGCCGUUCACGGCUCGCUUCGUGCCGCGCGACACCCCGCACGGCAUCCGCAUCGAGCGCGAGCCGGCCGGCAAGAGCGACCCGCUGCCGCCCGGGACGGCUCCGGGUGCGCGGAUCAUCCAUGCGGACGGGCUGUACCGCACCUGGUACUCCAGGGGCGAGAACGAGGCGUCGCGGCCGAUCCACUACGCCGAAUCCACGGACGGACACGAAUGGCACGGCGACACCCCGUGCGCCUUCGACUUCAGCGCCGCGCCGGGCGUCGCCGGCCUGGAACGCUCCGAGAUCUUCCUGGAUCCGUCGGCACCCGACGCGGAGCGGUUCAAGAUGUUCUUCCGCGGCGGCAUUCCGGGCACCGAGCAGGAGCGGCGGAAGUUGGCCGAGCGCUUCAUGCGCGAGCGGCCCGACGCCUUCUACCCGCUGGGAAACGAUCUGAGCCAUCUGUCCGGCAUGUGGGGUGCCGUCUCCCCGGACGGCAUCGCCUGGACGGCGCUGCCGGGACCGCUGGUGGUCCACUACAGCGACACCACCAACGUCGUCUACUACGACCAGCGCCUGCAGCGGUACGUCUGGUACGCCCGUUGCAACUGGUUCUACGGCCGGCGCUGCAUCGGCCGCGCGGAGACCGACGACUUCCGCCGCUGGCCGGGGCCGGAGAUGCUGGUCUGGCCGACCAGCGAGCGGCGCCCCUCCGACGACUGGUAUACCAACUCCAAGACCAUCUAUCCGGGCACGGUGGACCAGCACCUGAUGUUCCCGGCGCUCUACCACCAUCACGACGACACCUCGGAGCUGCUGCUGUACGCCAGCCCCGACGGCAUCGUCUGGAACGAGGUGCCCGGCGGCGCCGUGCUCGACGCCGGCCCGGAGCCGUGGGACGCCGGCUGCGUGUUCGGCGGCACCGACCUGAUCCCGCUGGGCGGCGAUCGGGUCGCCCUCCCCUACGGCGGCUAUCCGCAGCCGCACAAGUAUCCGCGCAACCGCCACUCGUUCUGGCGCACCAACGCGCUGGCGAUCUGGCCGCGCGAGCGGCUGGGCGGCAUCCAGGCGGAUGACGAGGGCGCCUUCGCCACGCUGCCGCUCAUCACCGAGGGCUCGACGCUGCGGUACAAAGAACGAGGAAGGGGAAGAAGUGGAAAACUAGGCGAGGCGGAGAACGAGAGAAGAAACAGAAGGAAAGUAAAGAAAUAG